CUUCUCCUUUCCGAAAAGAAAUAUUUGCUGUCGAUCAUAUCCUUUCAAGUUAACUCUAUUAAUCGGCAAAUUUGGCAACGGUCGAAGGUUUCAGUCAAGGUAGCUACGAGUCUGAAACGUGGUAGGAUUAUCUUGGGAGCGAGCUAGCCAGACCCGUCCGAAUAGCUAUCGGGAUACGGGGGCUAUCUUUCUUUAAGGCCAGUCCGUUUUAACGGGCGAUUCUGCGAUAAGUUUUCUUAUCUUUUUUUUUUUCAUUUUAAUUUUCUAAUUAUUAUUAUUAUUAUUAUUGUUUUUUCUGUUCUUGCAUUUGGUGGUUUGUCUGGUGAUUUGUUUAAACUCGGGAUUUUUAUCUGGUUAAACUCGCAUUUUAAUAUCACUUUUCUAACAAUCUUGAAGAAAGAUAUUAUUUCUCGAGUUUUGGAAAAUCCAAAUUGGCAAACUUGGAAAAUGCAGUUUCCGAAAAUAUUGUUGUUGAGAAUAAUGUGAAUGAAAUCCCUGAAAAUAAUGUGUCUGUGACUAAUUGUGGAGACACACUUGACUAUGUUGCUUCGGGCUCGCAAAGGGUUGAUUUAACUGGAAUGCCAGAAAAAUUUUCUGGGCAUUUUUUCAAGCGUUGGCAACAACGUAUGAAAAUUUGGUUAAUCACCAAGGGCUUGCUCUCGGUAAUUAUGACGGUGUGCCCCCCCGUUGUUGAAUCAGAUCCCAAAAGUCUUGAACGCCAAACUUUAUGGCGUGAGAGGGAUGAAAUUGCAAAAGGCAUGAUUUUGUUGGGUCUCUCCAACAUGUUAUUUGAUGUCUGUUGCACCCUCCACGGCACGGCUAAGGACCUUUGGGAUGAGUUGGAUAAGAAAUAUAAUACUGAGGACCAUGGUCUUGAAAAGUAUAUUGUUUCAAAAUUCCUACGAUUUGACAUGAAAGAAGGUAAAUCGGUGUUAGAACAAACACAAGAAUUUGAGUUUAUCUUACAUUCUAUUCGUGAAGCGGAUAUGGAAUUGCCUGAAAAAUUUAAAGUGAUGGCGGUCAUAGAAAAAUUUCCCAAAUCAUGGGAAGAUUUUGGUAUGACUUUAAAACAUAAAAUGAAAAAGAUCACUUGGAAAUCUUUGAUGCAUUCCAUUACUGUUGAGGAGGAGCAUAAGAAAGCGGGUUAUAUUGGGCCUGUUGAAUUUCAACCGAAGGCUCAUGUUAUAACUGAGGGAAAGCAAGCACAUAAUUCUAAAAAUAAACAAUCACCAUCUUUUAAACCCAUAAAGGCCAAACUAAAAAUUGCAAAGAAACCAAAGGCAAACCGACCAUGCUGGAACUGUGGACAGAUGGGACAUUGGGCCAAAUUGUGUCCUAACAAAAAGGCUAAGGCUCAAUCUGGGGGACCUCAAGUCAACAUGGUGACGGGAGGGACUAGUUCUAAUGGCCUGCGGUUGGAAGAACAGUGAUGAUGGGGAACACAAGUGCUGCAAGUGUGCAAGGAAUUGGAAAAGUAGAAAUUAAAUUUCCUUCGGGAAAAAUUCUAUCUUUGCAUGGGGUGCAUCACGUUCCCGAAAUUAGAAGGAACAUUGUUAGUGGUUCCAUUCUUGUUAAGGAGGGUUAUGAGCUAUCUUUUAAAUUAAAUAAAGUUGUAAUUUUAUUUGGCAGAACUUUUAUUGGCAAGGGUUACUUGUCGGAUGGACUUUUUAAGAUUGUGGUUGAUUAUUUUGAAUUAAAUUAUAUAUCUGAGAAUUGUGAUUCUUCUUGUUUA